ACCUCCUCUCUCCACCACUUCACUGCCCUCUCGGUGCGCCGUCACCACCGCGCCACCGUCUCGGUCCUCCACCACCGCUGACGACCUGCACAGAAAAAAGGGGGCACCGAAACCCAAGUCGCCGCCAGCACAGAAAUCGCCGCCUCGCGCCUGCUGCUCGACCGCCUCGUCGCCCACUUCUUCGAUCGCGCCAUCAAGGCACUCGACCUCUGCAACGUUGUCUGCGACGGGCUCGACCUCGUCCGCCAAUGGCGCAAGCAUCUCGCCAUCGCCGUCGCAGUACUCGCCCGACCCCGUCGCGCCGGUCGGGGAGGCCCAGAUCCACCGCGCCCACAAGGCGGCAUCGUCCCUAGCCGCCGCAAGCGGCAAAUCCAGGCUGCCUCGAGCAGGCGCGGGCUCACGUGGCAGAUCUACACGGCGCGGCCGUGGGAUGGCUCGCCGUCUGCGCAUACGUGGCGUGGCUCUGGGAUCUACAGCACCUCGCCGUGCUCCAUGCCGUGCAGGCACUCGAUAAGAUCAACACCGCCCUUUACCGUCUCUUCUCUCUCCCCCCAACAGCGGCAAGAGGGCAGAUCGGCUCCACGCGGCGGCUACCGGCCAGGGGUCGAGUGGGUACAUCACCGGCGGGGACGAGGCGCUGAUUUAGUUCCCCGGCGGGGAGACACUCAUGGUGGACGCGAUCCUUGAGGCACCCGGGGAGGUUGAAAUCUUCCAUUUUUGGUCGUUGGAGAGUUCCCUGGUGUGAGGUCUUGAGGUUGGAUUGUGACCGGGAGGUUGAAGGAGACUAAUAGCUUCGAUAUCGGAUAGCGAGAUGACGAAUCAUGGGAGCAUAUGGGAGUUGGAUCAGAACCUUGAUAAGCCCAUGGAUGAGGAGGCUAGCAGGCUCAAAAACAUGUACAGAGAAAAGGUGGCACGUUUGCUCUGUAUUCUUUACUUUGCCGGCAUGCAAAGCAAAAGUAAAGAGAUGGCUAGAGGGACGUGCAUAUAAAAAGAAUUGUCUUCUUAUCCUCGUUCUCGUUGGUACCUGUACAGCCAUUGGAGAUGGUAUCCUUACUCCUGCUAUAUCAGUUCUCUCUGCAUCAGGUGGAAUAAGAGUUCAAAAUCAGAAGAUGAGUACAGGUCAACAAUGUUAUUUGUGAAAAUUUUUGGCUCCUGUUGCAACGCACGGGCAUUCAACGCA